AUUCUUAGCUCUACGCGCAUUACCAUUGAAAAGAAACAAUCCUUUUGUUUUUAGAGGAAAUGGAGAAAAGAAAUAGAAUAAUGGAGAGUUCCUAUCAAUUCACUACUGCGAUACUCCUUGUGGGGUUAUAUUUUUCCACUAGAUUUAACAUAGCAGAAACUGCUCCAGUUUGGUUCCCAGCCCAUGCAACAUUCUAUGGUGGGGUUGAUGCUUCUGGCACAAUGGGAGGAGCUUGUGGUUAUGGUAAUCUCUUUACAGAUGGUUAUGGAACAAACUCAGCUGCAGUGAGCACAGUUUUGUUUAAUGGUGGAAAGUCAUGUGGAGGCUGCUAUCGAAUAGUUUGUGAUGCCAAAAAUGCACCCCAAUGGUGUGUCAAGGGUAAAUCAAUUACGAUCACCGCCACCAACUUCUGUCCUCCGAACUAUGCACUCCCAAGUGACAAUGGUGGUUGGUGUAAUCCUCCCCGACCACACUUCGACAUGUCUCAACCUGCGUUUGAGACCAUAGCCAAAUACAAGGCUGGAAUUGUACCAAUCCUCUACAGGAAGGUUACAUGCAGGAGAAGUGGGGGCAUUAGAUUCACCAUCAACGGAAGGAACUAUUUUCAGCUAGUACUGAUAUCAAACGUUGGGGGUGCUGGAGAGAUUAACAAGGUAUGGGUAAAGGGGUCCCGGAGCAAUAAAUGGGAAGCAAUGUCGAGAAAUUGGGGUGCCAAAUGGCAGAGCUUAAGCUAUCUAAGCGGCCAGAGCUUAUCCUUCAAGAUUCAAGCCGGCAACGUAAGGACUAAAGUCGCUCUUAAUGUGGUACCUUCCGGUUGGCAAUUUGGUCAGUCCUUCAAAAGCAACGUGCAGUUUUAGAUCUUUGUUUUAUUUACACCUUUCAUGCAUUUGUUUUGCAUUUCAUUUUUGCCAUACUGUUUUCUCCCAAGAUGUAAUAUAGAAAGUAUUAAGCACUUAGGUUUGCGGUUUGCGGUUUGCAAUGAAGCCCAGCAACCAAGUUUGUUGAGUAUUUAAGCCCAACAUUGGCAACUGUAUUCACUUUGUAGGAACAUUGAAAUUUAGAAUCUUUAGUCCUUAAAUUACAUUUAUCCAGUUCCCAAAAAAUAAAACAUAUUUAAAUGCAUAAACUUCAAGCUUGAGCUAGAAUUUUGAGGUGUAUCAUUAUUGCAAUGUGAGACUUAAAUCUUCAAUAAAAUUAUCCAAAAUAGAAAAACUUGAUCUUCAGUAGAUUAUAUACUUUUGAGUUUAUUAUAUGUCCAAGCACAUAGUUUUAUGCAGAGUUCAUAGCACUUAUCACUCUCUCCGCUUCUUCGCGAAUAGACAAAAGGUUUGUCUUUAUCUCGAUAAAAAGCCUGUUCUCAACGAGGCGAACAGGCAACCAUAUCUUCGGCUUAAGAUCAACUAAAUACCAGAGGGUCGUCUGAAAUUCUUCACCAAGAGAUGCUUCUUCGCCUUCAUAUUUUCUUUUAUUAAACU